AUGUCUGGCACGCAACUCGGCAGGUGGACAAACAACGGUGUUUGCCGCGAAAACGAAGCUGACCACUCCCUGUUGCCAUCGUUUACAGCUACAGCCCGCACGUUUGUUUGUCUUGGCGACGUACAUCAACCUAUUGUCUCCCUGCAUUCAGUAUGGCAACAGGGACCAGCCAGCUUCAAUAUCACGGCUAAGACCGAUAACGUCGAGCAGAAAGGUGACAAUGAGAUCUCGUUGGCCAGUGGUCACGCCUGUCCAGCACAAGGAUUAGGAUGCACAAAAGGAAGGGUGUUGGGAGACAUGCAGUAUGCAAAAGGACAGUGGCAACCCAAGGAAAAUCGGCGGUGGGUCAUCGCAUUAGAGGAGUCAAACGCAGGUCCAGACGGCAGCGGGCGAGCCGACAUGGGAACACUUCGGAUCGACGAAACUUGGGUUGACAGUGGAGCGGUGAACUCGGGUGGUGGUGGAACGGUGAACUUGGGUUGGCGGCGCAAUGGUAGACUGUCGGACACAGACCAGGGCGUCGGUAUGCAGAGCCUUGUAACGGCUGAUAAGCUUGUUCGAGAAGCGGAGAAUAGUAAAUUUAUUUCGGCAUAA